GCAAGAUGAGGACAAUGCCGCUUGGACUCAUGUCCGUCGUGACCGCCAUCGCGUUCGGUGCUGGGUACGCCCCUGCGACGUCCUACGACUGCAUCAAGGGCAAGGACUUCUAUCGUCAUGGCGAUCUCUCCAACCUUGCACUACACUCGGUGGACGACUGCCAAGACGCGUGUUCGGUCGACGUGCGAUGCAACGCCCUUGCAUUCAACCGAGGUCGGUGCUACUUGAAGGCCGUGGUCCAACAAGACGUCCAGACCAAGAUCAUCAACCACAACGAUGUCAUCACGUGCGUCUUGGCGGCACAACGCACCGCAUCCAACCAGGAGAAGCUCGUCAAGCAGCGGGGCAACCACAAUUGACUACUUGAUCAAACCAAGCCCAUUCACCUCGCAUUAGCAUGGUUUUCUAGCUGUACUAUGUUCGAAGCCCUCCACGUCCAUGAAUUUCGACUUCUGGCCUUCCGCUGGGACACAGGGCAUGCGUAAUACUCCUGCUAACGUUAACUGCACCGGUUUCCAUCUCGUGGUUUCCAGUAAGCUCAUCCUCGGAAGCGCAUCGUGCCGCUUCUGGGAGUCAGACAUAAUCUUCCCUAACAUGCAUAUCGAUUAAAG